CAUUCAUGCACCAUUUAAUGGCAUUUGUUUUGAGGUGCUGUGUGUUUGGUCUUUGUUGCUAUGAUGUCUGAAGUGGUCAGAAAAUCUUGGUAACACAGAGACAUCUCUUUAUCUGUAAGGUGAUACUAACAACCAUGAAUAAUGAAGAGGUAAUGCAGGCCAGUAAUAUAAAGUAGCCUUGCAGCUCUCCUUUUACACUUUGCUUUCACUCCAGAUCACAUGAUUAAAGCAGAAGUAAGUAAUUUUUCAUGAGGUUCCUGCAGCUCUGGCAUGUAGUAAAGGACAGAAGAGUUUUAUUUGUAUUGUAAUGAUACGGCAAGGUGGAGAGCAUGACCAUGUGCUGCUGUAUGCCUUAUUUAGCAACUAGAGGUUAUUUUAAUCUGUUGCUUUUGAUGUAACAGAGCUGAUGUAUAACUUGACUCUGCUUUAAGAGGACAGACAGUGCUAAAUAAAGAAGGGGCAAAGUCCAACCCAAUUAAUAAAAUAUGGCACCAAAAAAGAAGAAGACCCAACAACAGGAUGACUUUCAAGAAGAUGAAGACGUAGAAGAGAGUCGGCCAAAAUCUAAAGGAAAAAGCAAAAGUGCUGCCAAUGGAGUGAGCCACGAAAGUAAAAAAAGUAAACUUAAACAGUCCAAAACCAUUUCCACUGAAGAAGAGGAAGUUGAAGAUGAAGCAGAAUUAGAAGAAAUUGAUGUACCAAAACCUAAAUCCAAAAGCAGUAAAAAAGGAGGCGGAAAAGAAUCAAAAUCAAAGGAGAUGAAAAAGAAAUCCAAAAGGCAUAAUGAGGAAGAGGAUGAGCCAGAGGAAGAUGUCAUACAAAAUGGUUCCAAAAGCCAGAAGGAGAAAAAUAAUAAUGACACAAAAGCAAAAGACAAGAAAAAGAAAUCAAAAGGACCUUCCGAAGAUGUGGAGCCAGAGCCUGAGCCUGGAGAAGAAGAAGAGGAGGAAAAAAGUAAUAACAAAAAGAAGAAAAAGUCUUCUAAGGAUGAAUCGAUGUCUGAAAAGAAAAAGUCCAAAUCAAAAGAUUCUGUAGAAGAUGAUAGAAAAAAGCAUAAGAAAAAACAGGAAAAGACAUCAGAUGAUGAAAAUGAAAAAUCAAGGGAUGAGAAAGAGCGUGAAAGUUCUAACAAAGAAAAGAAGAAAAACAAGAAAUCAAAGGAUUCUACAGAUGCCAAUGAUGAAGAGAAAAAUGACAAGAAGAAAGGAAAGGGAGAGAAAUCCAAGAAAUCUAAGAAAUUUAUAGACUACAAUGAGCUGUAUGAGAAGGAGCUUAUGGAAUACCAGUCCCAGUCAUCUGAAGAAGAGGAGGACUAUCAUAAGAAAAAACUUUAUGAAGUGGUUACACUAACUGGAGAUAUCCGUGGAGCUGGAACUGAUGCAAAUAUUUUUGUUACUAUCUUUGGGGAGUAUGGGAUCACUCCUAAGGUCCAUCUCACCAGCAACACAGAGAAGAGGAGCAGAACUGCCUUUGAGAGAAACAAGACUGAUGUGUUUCGGAUCAAAACAAACAAUGUUGGACCAAUAAAGAAAAUAAGGAUUGAACAUGAUAACACCGGGCUAAACCCAAGCUGGUUUUUGGAUCGGGUAGUGGUGACUGACCUGAACCGACCUCACCUCCGCUUUUACUUCCCAUGCAACAACUGGCUAAGCAAGGAAGAGGGUGAUGGCCUAUUUGUCAGGGAUUUACUAGGUAGCCUAAAUCCUAUGGAUGUGCCUAAAUCUAACAAGUACGUUGUCAGUGUACAAACUGCAGACAUUCCAGGAAGUGGGACAGAUGCUGACGUUUUCAUCAACAUUUUUGGAGAAAAUGGGGAUACAGGUGAAAGAAGACUGGACAAUGACAAAGACAACUUUGAGAGAGGAUCAUUAGACAAGUUCACUAUCGAAGCUCCAAAUUUAGGUCGACUGAGGAAAAUCACAAUUGGCCAUAACAACAAGGGUUCGUCAGCUGGCUGGUUCCUAGAUAAGGUUAUAAUAGAUGAUAUUGGCAACAAAGCUGUGUAUGAGUUCCCUGUGAAUCGUUGGCUUGCAGUUGAUGAAGAUGAUGGGAAAAUUCAGAGAGACAUUUUAGUUGGAGGAAGCGAGCCAACAGGCAUUGUUUAUAAUGUUUCCGUGGUGACAGGGGAUGUUCGAGGAGCGGGCACUAACUCAAAGGUCCACAUUAUUCUACAUGGGUCCAAAGGUCUUAAGAAUAGUGGAAAGAUUUUCCUUGAAAAAGGAGAAUUUGAACGAGGAAGGACAGAUACAUUUAACUUGGAAAUUGCUGCUCUUCUCAGUCCCUUGAGCCGGGUCACCAUUGGACAUGACAACAGUGGAGUCAGUUCUGGAUGGUUCUGUGACAAGGUGAUUGUAUAUUGUCCUUUCACUGGAAUUGAACAAGUGUUUCCCUGUGACCAGUGGCUGGAUGAAGAUGAAGGGGAUGGACUCAUAGAACGAGAGCUGUAUGAAAUGGUUUCAUUGCGCCAAAAAAGACAGAAAAAACACCCAUGGUCAUUAUGGAUCUGGACUAGUGAUAUAAAAAAUGCUGGAACAGAUGCCAAUAUACUUUUCCAGAUCUAUGGUGAGAAAGGAAAGUCUGAUCAGUUACGGCUGGACAACAAUUCAGACAACUUUGAAACUGGACAACUGGACAAAUUCAUGAUUGAACUUCCCGAUUUAGGAAGAUUGUACAAGGUCAGGAUUUGGCAUGAGAAGAGAAGCCCUUUUGCUGGCUGGCAUCUAGACAAGAUAACGUUGUUGAAGACAUUAUCGAAAGACAAAUAUACGUUCAGAUGUGGACGCUGGCUGGACAUUAGUGAGGAAGAUAAUGAGAUCAUUAGAGAAUUACCAGCUGAAGGGGAUUUUGCAGAUGCACUCUUACCAGUGGUGAAGUAUCGUGUCACAAUUUACACUGGAAACGUAAGCGGAGGUGGUACAGAUGCUCAUGUGUUUAUCUGCGUUUUUGGAGAACUGGGUGACACCGGCGAACGACAACUAUAUGCUAGCAAGAACAAUAUGAACAAAUUUGAAAAAGGCAAUGCUGAUGAGUUCAUCAUUGAAGCUGUGACACUGAAAAAUCUAAAGCGUGUGAGAAUAGGGCAUGAUGGUAGAGGAGGGAGCUGUGGCUGGUUCUUGGAUAAAGUGGUGGUGAGAGAAGAUGGAAGGCCAGAAACCGAGGCAGUUGAAUUCCCUUGUUAUAGGUGGCUCGAUAAGAAUGAAGAUGAUGGGCAGAUUGUUCGAGAACUGGUGCCUGUUGGUGACACACAGAUGCUAACCACUAUCAGUUACCAUGUCUUGGUGAAGACUGGUGAUGUAUCUGGUGCCAGCUCAGACUCCAAGGUUUUUGUUAAGCUAUACGGUGAAUAUGGAGACACUGGUAGACAGCCUCUUGUUGUGUCAACGAACAACCUCAGGAACUACUUUGAACGUGGAAGAGUAGAUGUGUUUGUUAUUGAUACAGUUGACAUUGGAAAGAUUAACAGGUUACUUAUUGGCCAUGAUAAUGCAGGUCUGCGCUCAGGUUGGUUCCUCGAUAAUGUCCAGGUUAAAGUUCCGGCCCAUGGAAAGCAAUACAUGUUUCCAGCUCACAGAUGGCUAUCCAAAGAUGAGGCUGAUGGAAAAGUUGAAGUGGAAAUCUAUCCCAGUGAGAUCCUGGAUAUUGAAAAAAUGGUAAAUUAUGAGGUGACAGUAGUUACAGGAAACCAACGUAAUGCUGGUACCAAUGCCAAAGUGUUCCUUCAACUUUAUGGUGACAAAGGUAAAACAGAAGUCAUCUUCUUGAAAAGCAGAUCUGAUAAUUUUGAGAGAGGAUCAGUUGACGUAUUCAAGGUAGAAGCAGCAGAUGUUGGGAAGGUCUAUAAGCUCAGAAUUGGUCAUGAUGGAACUGGCAUUGGUCCUGGUUGGUUCUUAGAAAAUGUCACAAUUAAGCGCUUAAUAAUGAAAGGAUUAAAUGAUAAGAAAAAGAAGAAAAAGAAGAAGAAAAGUGUCACCGAGGAGGGGGAUGAGGAUUCAAAGCAAGAAAAUGUUAUUGAGGAAUAUAAGUUUGUGUGUCAGCACUGGCUUGCCAAAGAUGAAGGUGAUGGAGAACUGGUUGUGGAACUGCUGUGUGAAGGAGGCUCAGACCUCACAGUUGAGAACACUUAUGAAGUUCAUGUAUUCACUGGGAAUGUCAUGGGAGCAGGAACUGAUUCCAAUGUCUUUAUUAACAUAUAUGGAGAACUUGGUGAUACAGGACAGCGCCACUUAAAGAAAUCACAACAUUUAAAUAAGUUUGAAAAAGGACAGGAGGACAAAUUUAUAAUCAAAGCUGUUGACUUGGGGCCAUUACGAAAAUUGCGUAUUCGACAUGAUAACUCCAAGAGCAAUUCAGCUUGGUUCCUGGACCGAGUAGAGAUUGUUGAUACUAAGGAAGACGUCAGGUAUUUCUUCCCUUGCAAGCGUUGGUUAGCUGUUGAUGAGGAUGAUGGCCAAAUAGCCAGGGAACUGGUGCCAGUAGAUGAAGCAUUUCUUCGGAAAGACGAUGAUGAUGAUGAUGUAGAUGAAUCUCAAGCAACAUUAGGUUUAGAGCAGAAGGCACAAUCAACCACCUACACUGUAAGAGUGAAAACAGGAGACAAGAAGAAUUCUGGGACCGAUGCCAAUGUCUUCAUUGUCUUGUAUGGGGAAAGAGAUGACACAGGUAUUGUCAGUCUGAAGUCUUCAAAGAACUACAAAAAUAAAUUUGAACGUGGGCAGGUGGAUGAGUUUACUGUGGAAGCAGUUGACCUUGGACCUCUACGAAAGAUCAAAAUUGGACACGAUAAUCGAGGUGCCUCAGCUGGCUGGUUCUUGGACUGGGUUGAAAUUGAUGCACCUUCUAUGGGUCAGAAAAUGAAAUUUCCAUGUGGUCGCUGGCUGGAUAAAUCAGAGGAUGAUGGAGCAAUUAUCCGGGAACUCCUCCCAUCUGAAUUACAGAUUGAAGAAUAUGUUCCAUUUGUCCCCUAUGAGAUCACAGUAUACACCAGCAACAUUUUUGGAGCAGGGACGGAUGCUGAUAUCUUUAUUGCACUUUAUGGAAAAGAUGGCAUUUGUACCCAGCAGAAAUCCCUGUGUGUAAACAAGAGAGAGAGAAGACUGUGUUUUGAGAGAGGUGCAGUGGACAAAUUCGUUGUGGAGAUGGAAGAUGUUGGAGACACACUUGAAAAGAUUCGUAUCGGGCACAACAGUAAAGGCUUAAAUUCUGCCUGGCAUUUAGACAGAAUAGAAAUUAGAAGACUUUUGCCAAAUGGAAAGGGGUCUGAAACAAUCACAUUCCCAUGUGAAAGAUGGCUAUCUAAGUCAGAGGACGAUGGACAGACGGUUAGGGAACUUGUGCCAUCAGAAAUUCUGACAGAGAAACUACAAAAAGAUGGGACUCUAAAACGAAUUGAAAGUAUUGUGGAAGAUCCAUUGGAAACUCAUACCUACAAAGUGUCAGUUUACACUGGAGAUGUUUCUGGAGCAGGAACAGAUGCCAAUGUCUUCCUUACUAUAUACGGUGACCUGGGUGACACUGGUGAAAGAAAACUCAGCAAAUCAGAAACAAACAAAAAUAAGUUUGAAAGAGCACAGGUGGACAGAUUUACAAUUGAAGCAGUCGACCUUGGACAGAUUUUCAAGAUAAAGAUUCGCCAUGACAAUACAAUGCUGAAUGCUGACUGGUACCUGGAGAAAGUAGAAAUCUUGGAUGAGGACUCCGAAGAGUCAUACCUGUUUUUGUGUGAACGAUGGUUAUCGAAAAAAAAGGAGGAUAAGAAAAUUGAAAGAACUCUCUAUGUAAAGGGCUAUGAUGGAGAUCGAAGCAGCCUCGGCAGUAUGACAAAGAGUCUCAGGGGUUCUACCCCAAGUCUGCUAAGUCAGGAUACCCUCAGGAACAAGAGAAAGAGCCUCCAAGAUGAAGUCAUAGAAGAAGAAGAAGGACAAAUAAUCCCCUACCAUAUUGCUGUCAGUACUGGCACUGAGCGGGAUGCAGGCACCAACAGCCGGGUCUAUGUCAUUAUCAUGGGACCACUGAAAAUUCAAACAGCCAGAAUGUGGCUGCAACUUCCUGAAGGAAAGAAGGGAUUCACCCCAGGAAUCACAGAAAAAUUCUACGUGAGUGGAUUAGAUGUGGGUGAGAUCAAGAAGGUUGAGUUAGGUCACGAUGGUGCCACUCCAGAGAGCUGCUGGCUUGUAGAAGAACUGUCGGUAGCUGUCCCUACCAAAGGCAUUAUGUAUGUAUUCCCUUGUAAGUGCUGGCUAGCCAAAGACAGAGGUGAUGGUCUCACUGCACGUGUCUUCAAUGUUCUAGAUGCUGAUGCCAUUAACAUUGAUCGCAAGGUGCUACAUGAAGUCACAGUUUUUACUGGGGAUACUGCCAAUGCAGGUACAGAUGCCAAUAUUUACAUGAAAGUAUUUGGAGUCAGUGGUAGCUCAGAAGAGAUGCUACUUGAAAAGGUUGGAGACAGAUUUGAGAGAGGUCAGGAGGAUGUGUUCGCUAUGGAGAUUGCAGAUAUUGCACCUUACAAAAAAAUGAGGAUACGAACUGAAGGCAAAGGUAGUCGCCCUGACUGGUUUCUGGAUAAGAUAAUAUUGAGGAAUAUGGUUACUAGAGAAGUGACAACAUUCACAUUCAAUGACUGGCUCUCCAAGACACGAGGCAGUAAGCGAACAACAAUGUGUGAAAUGGCAGCAGUGAUAGAAGAGGAGGAGAUGGUGGAAAAAACAACAUACCAUGUAAUGGUUAAAACCAGUGAUGUCAUGGGGGCUGGAACUGAUGCCAACGUAUUCCUCGUCGUUUUUGGAGAGAAUGGUGACACUGGAACCCUGCCUCUGAAGGAAUCCAACUUUACUAACAAGUUUGAGAGGAACCAGAUGGAUGUCUUUAUAUUCUCAGACAUGUUGAGUCUGGGUGAUCUCUGCAGAGUGCGUGUGUGGCAUGACAAUAAAGGUGUUGGACCUGGUUGGCAUCUGGAAUAUAUUGACAUAAAAGAUGAACUGAUGAAUAAGACAUUCCGAUUUCCUUGUGAUCGGUGGCUUGCAAAGAAUGAAGAUGAUGGCCAGAUUAUACGUGACCUGGCUUGUGCCAACAAUGACAUUCUGGACUUAAGUGAACGCACCAAGUAUGAAAUUACUACUAUUACAAGUGACAGAGAUGACGCAGAUACAAAGGAAAAUGUAUCAAUUGUACUUGAAGGAAAGAAAGGACGGUCUAAGGAAUUCACCCUGGAAAAUUCAUCCAAGAAAAGAAGAUUUCUAAGAGGAGCAACUGACAAGUUUGAAUUUUCUUCAAAGAACAUUGGAGAUAUUGCAGCUGUAUGUGUUGGUCACUGUCCAAAGGAUAGCAGAAAAUUUACUCCAAAGAAUGACCAGUACUGGCAUGUCCAGGAGAUCAUUGUUACAGAAAAGGAGCUUAGCAACAAGUAUGUUUUCCAUUGCAAUACAAAAAUACCUCUUUCUAAUAAAAGAGAUGACUUCAAGAUCUUUGACUGUGCCAAGACCAUUGAAAGUUUUGCCAGUAAAUCUCGGAAUUUGGUGCCUGUCAAAUAUGAGGUGAUUGUAGUCACAGGGGAUGAAAAAGGAGCAGGAACUGAUGCCAAUGUUUUCAUCACAAUAUAUGGAUCCAAUGGAGAUUCAGGCAAACGUGCUCUGAAACAAAAAUUCAGGAACUUGUUUGAACGUGGGCAGACAGAUAGAUUCAUGCUGGAAAUGCUAGAUCUGGGUGAACUGCAGAAAGUGAAAAUUGAGCACGAUAAUAGCAGCUUAAGUCCCGGAUGGUUUCUGGAACGAGUAGAAGUUACAAACACCGCCACAGGAGUGACAGGUGUAUUCCCUUGUGGCAAGUGGUUAGACCGUAAAAGAGCUGAUGGUGAAACUUGGAGAGAACUCUACCCCAAAUUUUAGAGACAUCUUUUGCAUAAUCUUUCUUUAAUGAUGAAAAGGACAAUCCAUAUUAUUUAUGACAGACAUAUUUUAUACAAUCUAGUUGUCAAAAAAUUAUUUCUUAUACCAUAAUAUUAUACAAAUAUUUCUUGAUUUAAAUGUACUAGUUUAAAAUUUUAAAUUUUAUACAGAAAUGUAAUAUAUAUUUUAUAUACUAUUUUUGUAGGCUUUUACCUGCAGAAUUAAGACAAUCUGUACAUAACAGGAAAUUGUAUGUUUCAUACAAAGGUAAUGGAUUU